AUGAAGAAGAAGAAUACGAAGAGCAAGAACAAGAACCAGAAUGACAAAGGUAAUGAAAUCCUUAUUCUUCCUCAUCUUCUUCUUUGUAGUAAAGUUGCAGUAUCUUCUCCUGAUAAUAGUAGUACCGGUGAAGUUCAAGUACUCUCUGUUAGUAGUAACGCAAAAAACCCUUGUAGUGAUAAUCGUAUAUUAUGCGAUAUACUAAGUAGACUUCCAGUUAAAUCACUUAUGAGGUUUAAAGCUGUUUGUACCCAUUGGAAAUCUCUUAUCGAACGAGAUUCAUACUUAUAUGGUUUACAUACUGCUCGUUCAAAAGUUCGUUUAGGUGGUCCAAAACCACUCUUGUUUAUCAGCUCAGUGGAACCUGAAUCUGAGCCUGAACCUAACCAGAUUGGAGGUAUUAUUGAAUUCUCAACUGCUUCACCUUAUAGACAACCUGAAGUUACGAAAUUAGUACUAGAUCGUAGUGAUUACGUGCUUCCGAAACAGACAGUUAAUGGUUUGGUAUGUAUCACUGUUGGGUAUGAGGCCUUUAUCAUAUAUAAUCCUAGCACUGGAGAAAGGUCACCUUGGAUUUCGACUACUACAGCUUCUCAAGAAAAUCAAGGGAAAGGAAGACGUGAGGUAGCCUGCAUUGCACUUGGAUUUAGUCCAGCAACCAAUGAACAUAAAGUUGUGUGCAUAUCGAGUAUUAAGAGAAACCCUGAUUCUGAAACUUAUAAGAAUUGCUAUGAUUAG